GUCCUUUAAUCCCCCACAUGGCUAUGUUUUCUCUUACAAUUUCAUCCAUAUAUACCCCUUUUAACCCCCCUUCACUCUUUCACACACCAACUCUCUAAAAGCUCUUCACUUUCCUUCUCUCUCUUUUUCCCUUUCAAAUCUCCCCAAAAGAAAAAAAAACAUCAUGGCUAUCGACAAGAAACCAAACAGAUUGCCUCAAACAGCUGUUAUCAAACAAAUCCUCAAGAGAUGUUCAAGUUUGGGUAAGAAACAACAAAGCUACGAUGAUCAACAACAACAAGGAGGGCUGCCAUUGGAUGUCCCAAAAGGUCAUUUCGUUGUGUAUGUUGGUCAAAACAGGAGUAGAUACAUUGUCCCUAUCUCUUUCUUGACCCGACCCGAAUUCCAGAAGUUGCUCCAUCAAGCUGAAGAAGAAUUCGGGUUUGAUCAUGAUAUGGGUCUCACUAUUCCUUGUGAAGAAGUUGUGUUCCAGUCCCUAACAUCCAUGCUCAGAUGAUUUUUAAAUGGUUAGGGUUUUUAAUGAAAAUGAAGAUGAAGCUGCUCCAUUUGCUUCUCUGGUUACCCCUUUUUUUUUUUUUUGGUUGAGUUGUUUUAUGUAACUCUGACCCGAAAACCCAUGAAUGUUAUUUAAAGUAUCUGGGUUUUUGUUUUUAUUUUUUAGAUUUUGUAAAUCUUGAGAAAGAUUGAAAAUUUUCCUCAUUGAGGUGUGGGUUGUAACAUCAACUACUAAUGUACCCUUUGAGAGAACCUAAUAUCAACGAUUUAAAAGAAAUGGGUUAAUAUAUAA